AUGGAUCUCGAAGAUUUUGAGGUAGACUUCGAUCUUGGCGAGUUCCUCAAGAAUGGCGAUCGAGAAGAGGUCAGUGAAUCGAUCGCAGCAGCUGGCACGCCAGAGCCAACAACAACUCCAGAUUUCCGUCAGGGUUUUGCGGGUAGCGAUCGGGCAGUCUCGCCUCCUCCAGAAAAUCCAAGCUCGAGCCGCUCUGAUUUCCGGGAUUUCGGCCUUGGAGAGAGCGCAAGGAUCUUAGGCACGAGUGCCAAGCGAUCUUUGCGAGAAAACGAUCAAGGUAACGUCCAGAAGAAAGCCAAGACCGCAUCAGAGGAGCCGAUGUUCUUGGAUUUCCUGGACAUGGAGGAUAGUCGGGACUGGACUGUGCCAAGGACUCUCAACGUUGCCAGCAGUCCUGCAAGAGCCGACGAAGAACCUCCACAACGGAGCUUAGAAAACGACUUUGGUGCUCCAGAGAUUUUUGGAGCAAAGUCACAAAAGCUUGCUUACACGAUUCCAGGACCAGCCGGGGCCAUGCAGCUGGGCAUAAAACGAUCAGAGCCUUGCGAAGUUUCGCGCAAAGAAAAUCCUUUUGAUCACUCGGACUUUAGAAGUUCUGCGUGGCUGGCGGCCCUUCGCUACUGUCAGAUCGGCGAGAUUGAUCCGGUGAAGUACUCACGCCGUGAUUCCACAAUCAGCCAUAUCAAGUCAUCCUCUUGUGUCGAACGUAUUCCCCAGCUGCUUGCGAUAAUCCAAUCGUGUACUCCAAAUGGAUGCGGAGACGCUUUUGUGACACUCAAGGAUCCGACAGGCACGAUUGGUGGAACCGUCCACAAGAGAGUGCUUGCCGAGACUGAGUUCGGCAGGGACAUUGUGCCAGGAGCAGUCAUCGUCCUGUCCAAGGUGACCGUGUUUAAGCAAUCGAUUCGGACCCAGUACCUCAACAAUGCUGUACAGGUUGUGCAAGCUUGUUGAAAGGCUCAGGAUCUCAGUUAGUAAGUUUUUUGAAGGUAAGAUUUGACCAGCUUGACCUUCUCAGUCGUUCUCUGCUUUCAAUCACGUCAUAAAUCUAUUUCCGAUUCCUAAAAAUAUGGAGGGUUAC